GUUCCCGUUCGGGCUGUGCCUUUCGGUUGUGAUCUCUGUUAGCUCGCAUUGUCGUAACAGCUUCUUCAUUUUUCUAACAUAGCAAUGUCGAACCAUUCCCAUGGGUUCGCCUACGCAUACGGUCCCCCAGACAUCUGCAAGCCGGGACUCAUCCUGCCCAUCCUCGACGAAAGGUCUUGGAACGUCACCUUUAGGACCAUCGUCUACACCUUCGGCCUCCUCUACUUCUUCCUCGGAGUGGCCAUCCUUACGGACAUCUUCAUGGCCUCUAUUGAAGCCAUCACCAGCAAGACCAGGAAGAUUUAUGUAUCGAAAACUAAAGGGAAAAAUCUCAAUGGAAACUAUAACAUGGUAACAAGUGUGGUUGCGGGCCUGCAAGAAGAUGAACCGGAAGUGAUCGAAGUACGGAUAUGGAACGACACCGUUGCCAACCUAACCCUGAUGGCACUGGGAACAUCCGCUCCAGAGAUCUUGCUGUCUAUAAUCGAAACCGUCGGCCACAACUUCCAGGCAGGACCGCUGGGUCCGGGUACCAUUGUCGGCUCAGCCGCCUUCAAUCUUCUGGUCAUCACCUCCGUCUGUAUGCUGGCGCUCUCUGGCAGUGAUACCAGGAGGAUACACAGGCUCAAGGUUUUCGUUGUAACAGGGCUUUUUAGUUUUUUUGCUUAUAUAUGGCUUUUCCUUAUUCUACAAGUGAUAUCUGUUGAUGUUGUUGAGCUUUGGGAAUCUGUGGUUACAUUCUUACUAUUUCCAAUACUUACAAUUUUUGCUUAUGCUGCUGACAAAGGAUGGUGUGGGCUUGGAGUCAUUUCAAAGAGUAAAAAUAAGCAACAAAUGGAACUUGGUCCACUUCGAGGGGAUGAAACUGAAAAAGAAUUGGCUGAAAGAAACUUCUUUAAGGAUGGAAAGUUGGACAAAGAUAGUUUGGUUAAAUUUGUUCGUGAAGUUAAAAAGUACCCUGGAUUGACCGAUGAAGAUGCCGCAGUUUUAGCAGCAGCCAAGCUUAUUAAUUCUCAACCACACUCAGCGAUGUGGUACAGAAUCGGAGCUGUAAGGACUAUUUCAGCAGGAAGAAGAAUCCAACCUAUUUUAGAUGCAAGGUUGCAACAAGUAUAUAAUGUGAUAAAAACUGAGAAAAAAACUGAAGUCCCUGAGAUAAGGCCAACGCCAGAUAUGCAGAAGAAUGCUGUUAUUGAAUUUCAUUCAGCCACAAUAGCUGUAAAAGAAAAUAUUGGUAAAUUUGCAGUAACUAUCUGGAGGCAUGGUAAUACUGAAAAUCAAGUUAAAGUCAGAGUUAUGACAAUUGAUGGCACUGCUAGGAAAGGUGAAGAUUAUAUAGCUAUAAAUGAGAUAGUUACAUUUGAAAAGAAUCAACGUGAACAACAGCUUAUAGUCGAAAUUGUGAAUGACAACAAAUGGGAACCCAAUGAAGAAUUUUUCUUGAGACUUAGCUUGCUGAGGGAUGAAAACCAAAAUGUGGAGCUUGGGAGAAUAUCUAUAAUGGAAGUGACAAUUAUUGAUGAUGAAAAUCCUGGAAUAGUGAUGUUCGAAAAGAGAGGUACAGUUGUCAAAGAAAGCGCAGGUAAAGUCAGCGUUGGAGUCACUCGAGUGAAAGGAUCUGAUGGAGACAUUUCAGUAAAAUGGAAAACUAUCGAUAAAUCUGCUAUAUCAGGAAAAGAUUUUGAAGGAGGAGUUGGAGAGUUAUUUAUGAAACAUGGUGAAACAUUCAGAUCCAUUGAAAUUCCUAUCACAAAUGAUUUGAACCCUGAAAAAGAUGAGCACUUUGAAAUAGAACUUUUUGAUGCAACGGGUGGUGCAAGAGUAGGAAGAAUUAAUAGAAUAGCUGUUACAAUCACCAAUGAUGAUGACUUUUACAACAUGAUGGAUAGACUAAUGGCUAAGACUAAUGUAAACAUAGACGCUAUUCGAGUACAUAGUGAGACUUGGACACAGCAAAUUAGAGAAGCUAUGCUUGUAAAAGGUGGUGACAUAGCGAAUGCAGCUUGUUCUGAUUACAUUCUUCAUUUCUUUUCUUUCUUUUGGAAGGUGCUGUUUUCUUUUAUUCCCCCACCUACAAUUUUUGGUGGUUGGUUGUGCUUCUUUAUUUCUCUGGUUGGCAUUGGAUUUAUGACAGCUAUCAUUGCAGAUCUUGCCACUAUUUUUGGAUGCUUGGUUGGUUUGGAAGACACAAUGACUGCUUUAACCUUUGUUGCCCUGGGAACGUCACUGCCAGACACACUUGGUGCUAGAACUGUGACAAGGAUGGAGCGUUAUGCAGAUGGAGCGCUUAUUCACAUCACUGGUAGUACUGCAGUGAACGUUCUAAUGGGUGUCGGCCUACCUUGGUUCGUUGCUGCCCUUUACCAUCAUAUAAAGGGUACUUCAUUCAUAGUGCCAUCAACAGGAUUAGGUUUCAGCGUUCUCCUUUAUUCUAUAUGUGCAAUUAUAGCAACCAUACUCCUGCUUGCUAGAAGAAACCUUGCAGUAUUUGGCAAAGCUGAAAUUGGAGGACCUCCUGCAGGGAAGUACAUCACCGUGGCAAUCCUACUUGUUUUAUGGGUGUUGUAUCUCGUUUUCUCUUAUUUCCAGAUUCAUGGAAUUAUUAAUGUUAACUUUUGAACUUUCAGGAAAUGUUUAAGAACAUACUAUGUAAUGUUUCCAUUUCAGUUUCAGUUUCAAAUGUGGUGUGCAUCAAAAGAUUUGGUAAACAUUUGUUAUUUACUUUUGCCAAAGUUCAUUUGUUUUACCAAAUCUGAAAUACCUAUUUG